CAGCUCCUUUGUCUCAUAAAUGCAUGCACUCUGUCUGGAGCAGGUUCGCUUUCCGACAACAACUGCGCAGGAUCUUGUAUUGUUUGCGAUUAUUCAGAAUCAAACAGUUCGCACCAGGUUCGGUGCGCGGAGCUACCAAUAACAUCCAGGCGACAUGAGCGUCCCGUCGCUGGCCAGGCUGCGCCACGAUGCAGCCUGGUGGGCAGCGCGUACAACCACCACUGUACCGCCUUAUCACCCUUCGUCCUUCGAUGACUGCUUGUACUUUAUUGACUUUCGAAUGCCUUGCGCGGAUACACUGAACGGACCGAACGGACUGAACGAGCCGAACGAGUCGAACGAGUUGCGCGUGCCAUGAGAUCGCAGCCGACCUGUAGCCAUGGCUCUCUUACGCCUCUUGCAGCGCAAUCCGGACGGCAGCAUCGUCUUUCGCGAAACGACCAGCAGUGCCGUGCCUGCUUACGCAAUACUCUCUCAUACAUGGGAAACAGAGGAGGUCACUUUCCAGGACAUGGAAACUGGCGCGGACGUGAGCAAGACUGUCAGCAAGGCUGGGUGGAGGAAGAUACAAUUCUGCGCGGGGCAGGCCGCAGCUGAUGGGCUACAGUACUUCUGGAUAGACACCUGCUGCAUCGAUAAGAAGAAUGCGGUCGAGCUUGGCGCGGCGAUCAACUCCAUGUUUCGGUGGUAUCAGAACGCUGCACGUUGCUACGUCUACCUCUCGGAUGUCUCCAAACCUGGUGGAGCGGAUAGUGAAAAGGUGUGGAAAGAUGCCUUCAAGACAAGCCGGUGGUUCACCCGGGGCUGGACGCUUCAAGAGCUCAUCGCACCAAAGCUGGUGGACUUCUUUAGCUUCGAGGGUGAGCGACUUGGGAGCAAAGUGUUGCUCGAGUCCGAAAUACACGAGAUUACUGGCAUCGCGAAGGCUGCUCUGCGAGGCUAUGCGCUGUCGAGUUUUAGCAUCCAAGAGCGGAGGUCCUGGGCGGAGCGCCGCACUACCACGAUUGAAGAGGAUGAGGCGUACUGUUUGAUUGGAGUGUUUGAGGUUUCUAUGCUGCCAAACUAUGGAGAAGGAAAGGCCCAUGCAUUCCGACGGCUAGAAGAAGAAAUCCACAAGUUAUACAAAGGUGUUAACUUCGAACAAUAUGCGGUCAGACUUAACCUUGCGUCACUCCCUGAAGCUGCAGAGUUUGUUGCUAGAGAAGAAGAACUGUCCAAGAUGCAUGAGCUGCUUCAUGGUCACGGUGGCCGAUCAGCAGUAGUCCUGCACGGGCUUGGAGGAAUUGGAAAGACUCAGUUAGCGAUCCAAUACAUCAGCAGACACAAAGAGAAAUACACGGCGGUAUUCUGGCUGAAUGCGAAUGAUGAAGACUCCCUUCGGCUCAGCUUUCGCAGCAUCGCUCAGCAAAUCCUCACGCAUCAUCCUUCGAAUAGAGAACUUCGUAACGUGGACUUGGAAGGAGACCUAGAUCGAGUGGUUCGUGCAGUCAAAGCCUGGCUCGAUCUCCGGGACAAUACGCGCUGGCUGAUGGUCUAUGACAACUACGACAAUCCGCGAACUGCUAACCAUUCCGACCGCUCAACAGUGGAUGUGCGCCGGUAUCUGCCAGAAAGCGACCAGGGCUCGGUCAUCAUCACGACGCGGUUAGCGAAUGUUACCCAAGGGCGGCGUCUCCCCAUUCAGAAGCUGACAAGUCUUGAGGACGGGCUCAAGAUCUUAUCGAAUACGUCUGGAAGAGGAGACAUUAAGAACGAUCCCGAUGCAAAAGCGCUUGCUAUGAAGCUAGACGGCUUACCACUUGCUCUCUCCACAGCCGGGGCUUAUCUGGAGCACGUGACGACUAGCUUCGCAGAGUAUCUUCGGCUGUACGAGGCAUCCUGGUCGAAACUCCAGAGGACGAGUCCGAGAUUGAAUUCGUACGCAGACCGCUCACUGUACACGACAUGGCAGGUGGCCUAUGAUCAGAUUCGAGAACAGAAUGUGGCAUCGGCGCAGUUGCUCAAGCUGUGGGCAUAUUUCGAUAAGCAAGACCUGUGGUUUGGACUUCUUCAACACGCAUACGCUACGGACGACGAGUGGGUGCAGAAGCUUACCAAGGAUGAACUGAGCUUUAAUGAAGCAGUUCGACUGCUAUGCGAAUACGGUCUGGCUCAUCCAGAACCUUCACUUGGACAGUCGCCUGGAUCCGCGGGAUAUGGUGUGCAUAGCUGUGUGCACUCAUGGACGAUAUCGGUACUAAACGACAAGUGGGACGAUGGGUUAGCAAGGGUAGCUCUGACUUGUGUAGCAUCUGAAGUUCCUAGCACGGAUGUAGAUGAGUGGUGGGUCCUUCAGCAGCGGCUCCUUCAACAUGCUGUAAAACAGGUACAUUUCAUCACGGAUGGGAUGGUGGAUAUUACGCGAAUAGAGUGGGCACUGCAUAACCUAGGCGAUCUCUACGCCAACCAAGGCAAGCUCGCAGAGGCAGAAGCCAUGUACAUUCGAGCACUGCAAGGCAAAGAGGAAGCACUCGGAGCGAAGCACACAUCGACACUCAUGUACAUUCGAGCACUGCAAGGCUAUGAGGAAGCACUCGGAGUAAAGCACACAUUAACACUCCAGACAGUCAACAACCUAGGUAUCCUCUACAAGAACCAAGGCAAGCUCACAGAGGCAGAAGCUAUGUACAUUCGAGCGCUGCAAGGCACAGAGGAAGCACUCGGACUAAAGCACACAUCAACACUCAAUACGGUCAACAACCUAGGCAUCCUCUACAAGAACCAAGGCAAGCUCACAGAGGCAGAAACCAUGUAUAUUCGAGCACUGCAAGGCUACGAGGAGGCUCUCGGAUCUGAAUUUCUGUCAUUCUAUCUACCAGCGUUGAGUACAAUGUUCUGCUUCGGCGACCUCCUCGCACAGACAGGUCAUGAAGGUAUAGCAAAGACCAUGUAUACUCGGGCACUAGAUGGAUACACAGCUGUUCAGGGGCCUUCUUCGAAAUGGUGCCAGCCGCUUAAAGAUCGACUCCAAGCGUUGCAAGUUAAGUCUGCUGAGCCGAAUAAAAGCCAAGCUAAGUCUAUAGGAAGUGGAGUGACCAAAUCUGUAAAGCGCAAGUUUAGCGAAGUAGAAAGUCGGUCGGAGGCAGCAUAGGUUGGUAUAGCAAAAUUGUCUGAAGCCUUGACGCAGAGGAGGGUGUCGAGGAGCUAUAAACUUGAAUGCGCG